GUUAAAAAGUAAACCAAAUGUCAAGCAAAUUUCGCCUUCGAAACUCUCUGUGAACGCAUACAAGGAAUAUAGUAGAAACUGCCUUCCCUGCCAGUCAUAAAGUGACAUGAGCUCUGGAUUCUGAACAAGUAGGAAGUGAAAGCCGGGAGGAGGCUUUGGAGUGCCAAAAUGCUGCAUGCCUUGUCAGUGACUGUUGUGUGGCCUUUGUCUGAGCUUUUAACAAUUUAACUCCUUUCUUAUAACUGGAUUACAAGGAUGUGAAGACUCACUCUUUUUUCAAAAGCACAGCCCUUUACAACAAUGACUGCCAUGACCACUCUGACAAAAACUGGCUAUGAUGUAGUGACAAGAGAAGAUCCUGAGGAGGACCGCUCUGUUCUGUUUUAUGGCUCUAGUGCCUCACAGUACAGAGAGGAAACAGAGUACAUUAAAAAGAUACGCUCUAAACUGGAGAAAGUACAAACGCAGGUAUUUGGAAAUGACUGUGAUGGUUAUAGAAGACAGACAUCAAGUGAUGAGGUACGGAAUCAAAACCCAUGGAAUUCAAGUGACUCUGAGACAAGAGCCAACAGCUUCUACUCCAGAUAUCAUCAGAUCUUAGAAGAUAUCAAAGAAAAGGACUGUCAGCUCUAUCACAUCAACUUGGAGAACCAGGAGCUAGAAAUCAGGCUCGAAGCAUCACGAGAGGCUGGGGCUGGGGCCCUGAGAGAUGCUUCAAGAAAACUGUUCGACAUGUACCAAACUCGACUGGAGGAAGCUAGGAGGAAACACUUGGAAGACAAACAGAUACUCCAGGCUUACACUGAGGAGCAGGCGCAGAAUUUAAAGAAACGCAUGGAGAUGGCAUCACCACUUGAAGAAAAGCAAACCAGAGUCUCAGAACUGGAAAAGCGGGUAGAAAGAAUGGAAAAUGAAAAGAAAGUGCUGAUGGAGAGAAAAAAAUUCAUGGAAAAAGAGAUGCUGUCAAUUUCACAUAACCAUCCAGAUGAUAUUAAAAGCUUAAGGGCUUGCCAAAUGGAAGCAGCUGCUCUUCGGGAGAAAAUUUCCCAUCUUGAUGACAUGGUUCUCAGCCAGAACAGAAAACUACGGAGUUCCAUACAGCAAAUUGAGCAGUUAAACAGAGAGCUGUCCGGUCAAGAUAAAGUUAUAUGGAGCCUGCAUGAAAGACUUCUCUCUGCAGAAGCACAGAAUAAAGAAUUGAAGUACAAGGUAGAUUUCUGGUCCAGCCAGCACCCUGAGGUAGUUUCAACUACAGUGUCAGUCGACUCACUUCCACUGAAAAGUAUGUUUCCCCUGCUGAGGGGGACUGUCUCAGACAUAAGAACUUCAUAUGGACUUCAGUCCAGUGACACUACCUGCUAAUAUAAAGACAGCAGCUGCUUGGUAAAGGAAUAGUCAUCUCCAGCUGGUUAACUUUUCAUUUACAACUUCAAAGAAAGAGAAAUAUAUCUGAACAUCUGGGCUGACUUCCGGAAAGAAAACACAAUGCUUCAGUCCAGUCAUAAGAACUGUCCUUUAAGAGAUCUCUAAUCCUGUUCAGUAUGGAGCAGUACAUUCAUAGACUGACAAUUUGAGAAUGUGCUGCUUUAGUAACAAAUCCCUAUAUUGUGUGAUUUUGGCCCAGUCUGUAUAAUAAAUAUACCAGCAGUUACAACAUACUGCAAAAGCCAGGAUGCUGAAGUUUAUUUGUAUUUUAAAUAUCCACAUAUGUAUGUUGUGCUGAUGCUAGGAAAAUCAAAACAAAAUAUGUAAGUUGGCCCAGUGCAGAAAUGAAAAUGAACAUCAAACAAUGCUGUGCUGAGCCUUUAAUGUUUCAUGCAGUGCUGUUGAUUCAGAUGCUAAAGCUUUAAAUGUGUAAAAUGAACACAGUGAGUAUGUUCUUACAGCUAAUAUGACAUUUUCUACUUGGUUCUAGACAGUCCAAACUGCAUUGGAUUUACAAAGUAUAUUCUAUCUAUCAUAUCUCAAAAAAGGUGUUCCAUGAAUUAAAUUAUGAUAACUAAAACCUUGAUUCAAUACCUAACACUGUUCGUGCCUCUCUGUGUGUGUAUAGAUGUAUGAGCGAUACGCAACGAAUCAAAGAACUGUACAGCAUCCUUCCACUGUACCAAGCUAGCACUGCACUCACAUAACUUCAAAGCCAUAACUAUGGUGUAGUUACACAGUAGCAAGUGUGUCUUUCUGUUUGUUUGUAUUACUUUUCCAACCCAGUGAUACAUCUGUAGUAUUGUACAAUCAAUAUAUACUUAUUAAAAGGUGCUAAUGAAAACUA